AUGACAGAUUCGAACAGUGAGACGAAGUUGGAGGUGAAACAAGCCAGUAAAGAAUUCAAAGAGAGUGAAAACGUUGCGGAAAAAUAUUCUACGAUGACUGGUACCAAGAACAGCGACAUGAACGUCAGUGAGCUGCCCGCCGCAUUCACUGCGGUCCCUACACACAAGUCCGUGAAGAGGCAAAUCCAGUUUGCAAACCAGGAGGAUAAACAGGAGUUCAACAAGUUCCCCACCAAGACGGGACGAAGAUCUCUUUCUCGAUCUAUGUCACAGUCCUCCACAGACAGCUACAGUUCAGCGGCAUCGUACACUGACAGCUCGGACGAUGAGACUUCUCCCCGGGAGAAGACCCAGGUGAACUCCAAGGGGAGCACUGACUUCUGCGUGAAAAACAUCAAGCAGGCCGAAUUCGGUCGCCGAGAGAUCGAGAUCGCAGAGCAAGAUAUGUCUGCACUCAUGACUCUGAGGAAGAGGGCUCAGGGGGAGAAGCCACUUGCAGGGGCUAAAAUCAUUGGCUGCACUCACAUCACUGCACAGACAGCAGUCCUGAUUGAGACGCUGGUGGCUUUGGGGGCCCAGUGUCGCUGGACUGCCUGUAACAUUUACUCCACUCAGAAUGAAGUAGCUGCAGCUUUGGCAGAGAAGGGUGUGGCUGUUUUUGCCUGGAAAGGAGAGUCGGAGGACGACUUCUGGUGGUGCAUCGACCGCUGUGUCAACAUGGAGGGGUGGCAGGCAAACAUGAUCCUGGAUGACGGUGGGGACUUGACACACUGGGUGUAUAAGAAGUACCCUAGUGUUUUUAAGAGGGUUGGAGGAAUCGUUGAAGAGAGUGUAACUGGAGUGCACAGGCUCUACCAGCUGUCCAAGGCAGGGAAGCUUUGCGUUCCUGCCAUGAACGUGAAUGACUCGGUCACCAAGCAAAAGUUUGACAACCUCUACUGCUGCAGGGAGUCAAUCUUAGAUGGUCUGAAGAGGACCACUGAUGUAAUGUUUGGUGGGAAGCAGGUUGUGGUUUGUGGAUAUGGAGAGGUUGGGAAGGGAUGCUGCACUGCUCUGAAAGCACUGGGAGCCAUUGUGUGCAUCACGGAGAUUGAUCCUAUCUGUGCCCUUCAGGCUUGUAUGGAUGGGUUCCGUGUGGUCAAGCUUACUGAAGUCGUACGCCAAAUGGACGUUGUCAUAACCUGCACAGGGAAUAAGAAUGUGGUUACGAGAGACCAUCUGGACCGCAUGAAGAAUGGCUGUAUUGUGUGUAACAUGGGUCACUCUAACACAGAGAUUGAUGUGGCUAGUUUGAGGACCCCUGAGCUGACAUGGGAGAGAGUGCGUUCACAGGUGGAUCAUGUUAUCUGGCCCGAUGGGAAGAGAGUCAUCUUAUUGGCGGAGGGUCGGCUUCUCAACCUCAGCUGCUCUACUGUUCCUUCAUUCGUGCUGUCAAUCACAGCUACAACUCAGGCUCUUGCUCUGAUCGAACUGUACAAUGCUCCGGAAGGCCGCUACAAACAGGAUGUCUAUCUGUUACCUAAAAAGAUGGAUGAGUACGUGGCCAGUUUGCACCUGCCUAAUUUUGACGCUCACCUCACCGAGAUGUCCGAUGAGCAGGCCAAGUAUAUGGGCCUCAACAAGAACGGACCCUUCAAACCUAAUUACUACAGCAGUACCAUGCCGGCCAUAAAACGAAACCGCCGUGUUCGGCAGGAGCAGUGGCAUGUUCAGGAACGAUCAGUGUCUGGAAAGUUCACGAGCGCAGUGUCACCCUCUAAAGUUACACGCUCGUCAUAG